AUGGUAUGUUGGCAUUGUUUUAGGCUUUUGUGUUUAAUGGUUAAUACUUUUCCGUUCAUCAGAUGCAAAUGACUUUACAGACAGUAAAAUGAUACAUAUAUGUAUUUUAAAUAAAAAUGGUGAUACUGAAUGUUCAUUUUUGAAGAUAAGUCUUUCAUGCUAUACUGUGUGUAUGGGUAAGGAGGGCAUGGGAAAUGCUUGAAUGUUUGGUGAUUUCUGGCUCUGAUCAGAAGCAAGAGGGCUAGGAGGAUGGAAGAAGGCAGGAACUAGGUUUGCGGAUAUCUGCAGAUCCUGUAUCAUUUUUGCAGAGGCAACAGCUCAAGACCUUUUUUGUGUGUGCAAGCCUUGGGUGCCUAGUAAGAAUGAAAGUACUGUACUGGUAUAACUAAAUUCUGAUGGUUUUUAUGUUUUUAAGUACAUUACUGCUUUUUAGAUAAUGAUUUUAACUUUGUUCUUAAUGUUAUGUCUAUUAUCCAUCCUGGGCUCUGUGAGGAAGGGCCAGAUGCAAAAACAGUUAAUAAUAAUACUGACAAUUCACUGAGAACAAGGAGGGAUGGUGUCAUCUGUGUAAACACAAGAGGGAGUCUACUGAGUGUUUGUAUGUGUUGAGUUUAAUAAAGUUGUCCCUGCAUCAAAAGCUGCCCUGGAGUUGUGCCAAGGGAGAGAGCCUGAAAGAAAAACAGAGCUGCUCAGCAAGCGCUGUUCCUUACAAGUCUGAUGUUGAGGUGCUUCCCCUGCCUGCUUCCCUAGUAACAUUUUUAGGGAAGUUUACAAAACAAGCUCAAGUUGCAACUUAGGUAAUAAACACGAAUGCUAGUUAAUUUAAUCUUCUUCUUCUUCCUCCUCCUUCUUCUUCUUUGGCGAUCACUCGUAGCUGAGUAAGAUUGUCUUCCAUAAACACGGUUUUAACAAUGAGUCCGUAAGUGACUUUGGAGGCCAAUUCUGAAUCCACACGCGUCCUUCCACAGUGGGGACAUUGGUUUCCAGGCGGGAGCUGAUCACAGUGCGGAUUUGCCAAGUGUGCCUUCCUCCUAGCACAUUUCUCCCUCCAGUCUUGAGUUCAAGUGUCUUCAAAGCCCAUGACACUUUUGGUAAAGGCUGUUCUCCAACUCGUCCCAUAUACUGUACUUCCCUUUCCCCAAGAACCGAACAACCAAACGGAAACACUACACUGACCAGUUCCUACUAAAAAUUACACCGAAUAUACUGCAAUUCUUACUGAACAAUAUCCAGCAAUGUCCUAAAUUUAAAAUGGGCAAGAGCAAGUAGAAAUAAAUAAAAUUUAAAAAUGGUAUUUUUUUAAAAAAAAUACUUUUUUUUUUAAUAAGAAAACACAUUUUAAAAGCAACAGACACCCCCUCUGAGGGAAGAGACAUCCGCUACUCUGUUCUCCCCAAAGCGCAAGCUGUCUCCAGGAAACCCAAGUCACCAGCAAGCGCAUCUCCCCUCCCAGCUUUCUCUUCCUCUGCGCAAAGACUUCCUUCUAGACAGGCGGCCCGGGGGCGAAGCGGAGCCCCGCUGCGUCCCGGUGCAUGCUGGGAGUUGUGGUCUCAGCGCCGUUCUUUCCACGCCCGCUCGGCGGCCCCUGCCCACCUUUCGCGCCGCCGCCUGCGCCAGGAGCCGCCUGGCCAGCUCCGCCCCUUCCUCUCCCGGGCUGUGGCCACGCGCGGCGGUUCCGCUUGCUUCUCUGGCCGCCCGGUGGGCCCUCCCCGCCAUUGUCGGAGGCCGCGCCCUGCCCUGCAGAUCUCGAGCCAGCGAGCCAACGGGGCGGCGGCGAAGGCGACGAGCUCGGCUGGUGCCUGAGGCGUGCGAAGCGGCCUGGAGGCUGCGGGAGCUCUUGGCCGGAGGUGGGCAGGAGCGGAGACCCGGGGGUGGGGGGAGAGGCGAGUGUGUGUUGUGCGUGUGACGGAGCGAGCGAGGGUGGUUGGCUGUUCUCAUGAGGAAGAGCGAGCGAGCGAGCAAGCGAGCUCCGCAGGCCCAGAGGCUGCGCUUCCCGGAGGCUCCCACCACAGCUCUGAGGAGGAAGUGCCCGAGGGGCGGUGGAGAAGCGGCCGCGGGGAGGAAGAAAGGCAAAGGGGUUUGUCUUUUUUACUGCGCGGCGAGCAGGUGGGCGAGGAGGCCGCGGAGGAGCUCCCCAUUACCUGGCGGACAAAGGGCGCUCGCCCCAGAGGUCUCCUCUGCGCAGGGAACAUCUUCGGUAACGUUGAAAAGGCGCAAACCGGUUCGGGGCGACGCCUUCCUAGAGCUUUCGCGGUUUCAAACGGGCUCGGGAGGAGGAUGUUUCUUAAUCAGUAAGGGAACUCGGACACUUCUCUCUCCACCCACCCAGAAGCAGGCAGGCAAAUUCCUCAUGGCCUUUGGUGCUUCCUUCACAGGGGAUCUUGAGCUCUUGGCCAGGCCGCUUGGGUGUCCCUGCUUGUGCAGUUGAGAGCAGCUCUUCCGUCUCCCACCGCACCCACUCCAAGCGCAGGUGAGACACAGGGCUGCUGCUGUUGUCUCCAACUAUUCACCUGCCCGCUCCUUCCAGCAGGUGUUGGGGUAAAGGUCGAGCAAGAGGGGGCGGGUGCGGUUCCUGCUUCUUCCUUCCCAACUCCUCUCUCCUCAAACCCAGUACAGAGAACCGGAACCAGUUUUACUGCCCAGGGAGAGCCUAUGAAGAAUCAGAGAGCUCAGUAGUACCUCCUGUCUCCUCGCUGAUUUUCUCUCUUAACUGUCUGGUGAAAAAGCCUUAUGUCUGUUCGCUUUCCUGUCUGCUCUCUGCCCUCUUGUCGCUCUCAGCAACACAGGCAUGUGAGUGGUCAAUUUGCUGUUUGCACAUUUGUCCAACCUCUGGCUCGGAUUCUCUGUGAUCUUUCUUUGGGUUGUGUAGUAGUAAGGAUUGGCACAGCAAGCCCAAUCAUUCCUACUACCCCAUCCAGAGUGUGUGUGAUAUAGGACAAGCGAACAGAACAUGUGGCUGCAGCCUCACGGGGCCCAAUCCUCCUUGUUGCUCUGCUGAAAGAAAUAUGGCUAACAGGGAAGUAGAGGCUUCUAGAGAAGAACAUCACCUUCCCAAACUUCCAUGCUGUGCUAGGAGGGAAAAGAAGACUGCUGGAUCUUACACCUCUUGCUUAGUUCCCCUUGUUCUGUGGGUAUUCUAGCAUGGUAGGGAGUAUUAAGUGAUGGGUUGUAUUCCUUGUCAUUGUACUGUCCAGAGGAAGAGUGCAGGUAAAUGAGCAAGAAGGUGAGGUGGCUGUGCUUUGUAUGAACAGCUGACUCUGCCAGUUUCUGUCCCUGCACUGUUCCUCUUGGAGUCACAGAGAGAAGUAUCAUGAAGAAGAAAGAGGAUGCAUUAGCAGGCUGAUAUGUCAGGUGACCCCUCCAUAUUUCUCAGCAUCAUUCUCUCCACACUGCCCAUAGAGAGUGUGUUUGCAUUCUGUUACCUCUGCCCGCUUUGUUGCCCUCUUGGUGGCAUGAUGAGUAUUGGACUGAAUGCGGGGACAACACAAAGCAAUGUUGCUGAGGUUCUUCCCUAUUCAAAUAUCUGCAAUAUCCCUAUUUCUUAAAAUAAGAUCACUGCUCAUAAUUUUGCAUUGCGUAUGCUGAAAUUUGUUGUGUUGCUUACAAAGCCUAUCACUAGAGAAUGGGAGUGUCAUAUCAGCUCUUGCUCUCAGAUUAUCAAAUGGAAAGGGUAUUCUUCUCUGGAUUUUGAACACCCUAGCAGUGUGUGUUGGGCAGAACUGACUCAGCCGUUACUGCAGACUGAGGUGGCUGCAACAGAAGCACCCUAGCUGGCAUCCCCAUGAGUAUCCUGCUGCUGAUGCAGAAGCAGCACUGGUAUAUGCAGAUUUUGGUGAGAACUUGCCCAAAAUUAGUGCCAGUGCCGGCACUACUUCUCUGCCAGCUGUAGAGGUGGCAGGGUGGGUGGAGAAGUGGCGGCAGCAGCAGGUAUAGCUUGAACAGGGCAAGGCAGCACUUCUUUUGUUACAUAUCUUUAGAUGCCAGGCAAAAAAAUCCUUUUCUCCCAAGUCCUUUGGCUAAGUGUUUCUCAAAUUUGUGUCUCCAGCUGUUUGUUGGACUACAAUUCCCAUAAUUCCUAGCUAGGAGAACCAGUGGUCAGGGAUGAUGGGAGUUGUAGUCCAACUACAGCUGGAGACACAAAUUUGAGAAACACUGGUACAGUGGUGCCCCGCAAGACGAAUGCCUCGCAAGACGGAAAACUCGCUAGACGAAAGAGUUUUCCGUUUUGGAGGUGCCUCGCAAAACGAAUCUGCUAUGGGCUUGCUUCGCAAGACGAAAAUGUCUUGCGAGUUCCUGGGGUUUUUUUUCCCUUUCCCCCCUCUUUUUCUAAGUCGCUAAGCCGCUUAUCUGCUUAUCCGAUAAGCUGAUAAGCUGCUAAAAGCCGCUAAAAGCCGCUAAUAGCGCUAAUCCGCUAAUCCCAUCAAUGGGCUUGCUUCGCAAGACGAAAAAACCGCUAGACGAAGAGACUCCCAGAACGGAUUCUUUUCGUCUUGCGAGGCACCACUGUAAUUAAAUGAUCUAUGGCCUUUUAAACUCUGGGGGUAUUGUUUUCGUUUGUUACUUUGGUAUGUAUUUUUGUGUUUUUAUAUUGCAAACCACUUUGUGAUCCUCAGAUGAAGAGUGGCAUAGAAAUUUGGGCAGCAAAGUCAGACAAGAAAUUAGUUCCUAAAAUGGUAUUUGGCCCCCCAAAAUUUCUGAAUAUAUGUGAACCAUUUGCUAUGGUUUGAAAACAUAUAUCCAGCACCAUAAAUGUUAUUAACAACUUCCUGAUUGCCCUGACAAAUCAGAGCAUAUUUUUUUCCAAGCCUCAUUUUACUACAGUAGAACCUCGUGUUAUGUACCAUCUCCUUAUGAAUGCUUUGGGUAAUGAGCGCCACUAACCCGGAAGUAGAUGCUCCUUGUUGCGAACUUUGCCCCAGGAUGCGAGCAGAAGUUGCAUGCCGGCGGUGCGGCAGCAGUGGGAGGCCCCGUUAGCGAAUGCAUGCCUCAUGUUAAGAACGGUUUCGGCUUCAGAACAGACCUCUGGAACGGAUUCAGUUUGUAACCGGAGGUACCACUGUACUAGUAAACUUUCUCCAUUGAGAAGACAAAGGGACAACAUAACUUACAUUGUCCAUGUGCUGGUAACCUCUAUGUUGGAUUACUGCAAUGCAUUAUACAUGCUGCUGCCUUUGAAAGGUAUUUGGAAACUGCAGCUGAUACUGAAUUUAGUGGCCAAAUUGUUGACUAGCACAUAUAUGUCUAAACAUAUAGCACCAAUUCUGGCAUGACUCACUGACUGCCAGAUAAUUUCCAGGCUCAAUUCAAAGUGCUAGUUUUGACCUGUAAAGCCAUAUGUGCUCACGACCCCACUACCUCAAGGACCAUAUUUUCCCACAUGAAGGGGCCCAGAACCUGUGGUUAUUGUCUGAAGCUCUUCUCCAUGUGCUUCUUCCACGUGAGCUCUGGAUCAGGGGUCAACAACCUGCGGCCUGUGGGGGACAUUUAAAUGGCCCACGAGCUGCCCCCGAACCGAGCCGCUUGCAAAGUGAAUCCCCGCGCGCUGCAGCGCGGAGUGGGGACUUGCUUCUGCGGCGCUGGAAAUCGUGUCUGUGCAGAUGCGUUCUGGCCCAAUCUCUGCAGGAGUGAACCAGCCCAGGGGAGGUAAACCUUGCUGACCCCUGCUCUAGAUGGUUGCAACAGAAGAGCGACCCUUUUCAGUGGUGGCUCCCUGCUUCUGAAAUGCUUUUCCCAAAGAGAAACACCUGGUGACAUCUUUAUCUGUUUUUAGGUGCUAAACAAAGUUUUCCUUUUUAAAAAUCUGGGCUUUUCUUCCUUAAUUUGAAGUGUCUCAGAUAUUUGUGGCCUCUUUUAGUGGGGUAGGAUCUGUAAGACUUUUCUUAUUUGUAUAGAUGUGUUUAUAGGCUUUUAUUGGUUGUGUUUGUUAUUAUUGGUUUAUAAUUUGGUUUAUACCGUUUCUGUAAGUUGUUUUGGGUCACUUUUGUUAGGAACGUAACUAAUAAAAAUAAUAAUAAUUUUCCUGUCAACACUUGCCUACCAUUGGACUUUUGGCCAUUUUACUUAAUACAUUUUAUUGUAAUGUUUUCUAAGCACAAAAGGGGUUUGCAUAAGGUUUUUGCAUUUGAAAUAUAUAUAUAUAUAUAUAUAUACUCAGAUUCAGUUAAAUUCAACAGCCUACUAGUACAGCCUGCAUAUUUUGGCCAUAUUCAUCCUGGCUGCUGAAAGCCAUGGAAAUAAAUGAGCAUUGGGAUCCCUCCAGAAUUCCCUCGAGAGAGACAGUUCAUGCCCUCUCUCAGGAAAUUAUUCAAGAGUUUUGAGGUAACUGUAGAGGAAACCUUGUUUCUAGCUGCUGCUGAUCUUGCUUUCUGCAAUAUGCAGAUGUGUAGGGCUCCAUACAGGGUUAGAGAGUUUCUAACGUCUAAGCAUAUAUCACCAAUUCUUGCAUGACUCACUGACUGCCAGAUAAUUUCCAGGCUCAAUUCAAAGUGCUAGUUUUGACCUGUAAAGCCAUAUGUGCUCAUGACCCCACUACCUCAAGGACUGUAUUUUCCCACAUGAACUGGCCCAGAACCUGUGGUUAUUGUCUGAAGCUCUUCUCCAUGUGCUUCUUCCACGUGAGCUCUAGAUCGGGGGUCGGCAACCCGCGACCCAUAGAUCAAAAUUGUGUUUGAAAAAAAAUCAUUCCAGUAGCACCUUAGAGACCAACUAAGUUUGUUAUUGGUAUGAGCUUUCAUGUGCAUGCACACUUCUUCAGAUACCAUGCACAUGAAAGCUCACACCAGUAACAAACUUAGUUGGUCUUUAAGGUGCUACUGGAAGGAAUUUUUUUAUUUUGUUUCAACUAUGGCAGACCAACACGGCUACCUAUCUGUAACCAAAAUUGUGUUGUGAUUCAAAGAUGAGCACUGGCACCUUGGAUUGGGCCCAGAAAUUCACAGGCAGCUGUGCUGUUGCUAAAACAGUUAAUUGUACAUGUUCAUCCGUCGUUACACAUUAGGAGGUGAACUGUGGCAUUCUGAGCCAGCUAUACCCUUUGAGUCUUUGACUCGAUUGGUUUCUUGCCAAUCUUUGAAUCUACAAAAGCAAAGAUCAGUAGGACUUGACCUCACAGCUUUGGAAAAGAAUGGAGCCGGUUCAACAAGUGUGGCUGAAGAAAGUCACUCCUGGCCAUUGCCAGUACACGCUUAUUGGGACAAAAGCACCCCCAGGCUCUUAAGCUGUUUCAAUGGGGUGAAUACCACUACCUCUAAAAUAGGUAUAACAACUCCCUUGUGCAUUGCAAUUACUCUGUAGCAUCAUUUUUACCUUGUCUAGAUUCAGUUUCAGUUUGAUUGUUUCACUUACUCACAACUGCUAGACACUAACUAGCUCAGGACUUAAGAAGCCUCUUCCUAGACACAUAACUACCGGUAGUUAAAUAUGUCUUUGGCAUACUGAUGGCAUCUAACUCAAAAGCUCUGGAUGGUUUCUUUCUGCAGCUUCAUAGAGAUGUUGAGCAUUAUCUGGGGCUAAUACUGAGUCUUGUGGAACACUGCAGGUCAGUUCUCAUCUUUCUGAUAUGGUCCAACUUUUCUGAGAUGUCCAGCAGAAGUAGUAGAGAGAGAUUAUCCCUGAUUACUCAUGCUUUCUCAGUCCCAUUACAGAGGAGUCGGUGGCAUGCUGUAAGGUGCAUCAUCACUGGUGGUGGGAGAGCACUGAUUAGUCUGUCUUAUUGCCAUGCUCUAGAAUACACCUCAGUGACUAUGCAUUGUGAUGAGAGACCUAUAGCCAUAGUUAAGUGUUCUUCCAGCAAAACUUGUCCACCAUCACUUAUUUUCUCUGGGAACCUCAGAAUUUCCUAUUACACAGCUUGAAAAUCUUUAUGGAUAAUAUAUAUUUUUAAAGAAGAUCAUUAGAUACACCAUCAUCUAGUUUGUUUCCCGUUAUCAGUGUUUUAGUCCUCUUCCUUGGCCUUUUUCUUGCUUGCAGUGUAUUGGAUAUUUAUUACAUUUAUAAAUAACAGUUGUCAAGGCAUUUGAUGUUUUAAUAAUUCCACAUUUUUGUCAAUUUUAGUACUAUCUGUUUUGUAUUAAUGUGUUUACUCUAUUUUAUGUCACCUUUGUUUUAUUUGCUUGUUUGCUUUUUAAUGGUGAUGUGAUCUUAAAAGAGGUACUAGUAUUUACUUGCUAUUUUAUGUAAGAAAAUAAUACCCCUGAUAAAAUAAGUAAAUAUCCGACUGCUCUUCCUUUUAAGGAACUCAGAACAAGGCAUUCACAGUGUUGGCUGUGUUUCAUGCACUUGUCAGGCCUAGAUCUAAAUUCUGGAGAUGGAAUUGGUUUAUGAAUAGAGCAAAAUACUGUCGCCUAAGACCCAUUUUUGUGUUGAAAGCUUUAAUGAUUAGGUGUCUGAUUUAUGUAGGAACAGAAGGUGAAUCACAUUUUUCUUUUUGCAGGCAAAAUGUGCUGUGCUGCUCUUAAGUUUUGAGUGAAGUGAGGGGAUAGUAAAAUAAGGGACUCUUUUAUAUCCCUGCUGUAAAAUGCUCUUGUGAAUAUUAUUAGACCAUGCUGUAGUCAUAGGGAAAGAGGCUACUUCCUUUAGUAAGCAGGAUGGAGAACUCCAAGAGAUCUUCACAUUGCUUCACUUAACAUAAUGUUUCAUAUGGGUUAAAGUGGGUAAGCUCUCCUGCACAGAAAGCGAGAUAUCCAAUGUGUGCCAGUGCAAGCAAGGUCUCCUUCCCUCUGCCCAUGCCCCCCCAUCUAUUCCAGAGAGCCCUCAACUCUCGAGGGCAGAUUUGGUGGCAUGAAAAGGUAGAGGGGAGGAAGGAAAAACAAAAUCCACUUUGUGCAAUCACAAGUCUGUUGUGCAAACAGACUGCAACAGUUAGAUAAUUGCCCAAAAUGUGUGAAUAGAACAGGUAGAUGGCAUACUCUCCUGUAUAACCUUUACAGGAUUACCUACUGUUGUUUGCUUGUAAUCAUUUCCAUACUGAAUUUGUUUUUAUAUCUUCUGUGGUCUAUGGCCCCAUACCUGCUUAUUUUAUAAUUGCCUUGUUGAUGCUGUGAAAAAGAUUGGUUGGUUAUCAUGCAUUGAUUCUUUAUGACACUGGUUUCUAAUCUUUGAGACUGGAUUGUCCGCUGAAGACCCACCUCUUCCCUUCCACCCCCUGAAUUAUUGUGAUAAUGGUUUAUUUUGUUGUACUGGUUAAGUAUGUUGUUGAACAAGAUAUGCACCAGUGUCUAAUUGCCUUAAUUUCUUGCUAGUAAAUUAGGGAUGGAAGUAACUCGAGUUCUUUGGAAGUUUAACUGCAUGUCUGUAAUUUGUGAUUGGGAGACAUGAUGAAGUAAAUUGGUAAAAUAAUUUUAAAAUAAUUAAUCUGAACUGCCCCUAUAUCUCAGUGUUACUAUAUUUAUUAUUUAAUCAGAAACAAUGCUGGAUUGUUUCCAGGCAACUUACAAUCAAGUUUAAAACAAAGGUGUUAUUUUUAACCAUUUUCUAUCAACAUUUAACAACAAAUCAUUACAUAAUUAUCAACAAUCUGGAGUGACAUUAACAUACAGCCUUGACGCAGCUGGAAAUACCUGGGAGAUUCUUAUUUUAAGUGAUUGUUUCCUAGUCCAUGAAAUACCUGGGAGAUUCUUAUUUUAAGUGAUUGUUUCCUAGUCCAUGAAAUACCUGGGAGAUUUUUAUUUUAAGUGAUUGUUUCCUAGUAAUGGGUAUUUGACUUAUCAAAAGGUAUUUGGUUAACUGACUGGUCAAAUAAUAAAGUAUUUGUUUAUUACAUUUAUGCAUUUAUAUCCUACCUUUCCUCCAAGGAACUCAAGGUGGCAUACAUUAUUCUCUCCAACUUCAUUUUAUCCUCACAACAAUGCCGUGAGGUAGAUUAGCCUGAAAGACAGUGACAUGCUCAAAGUCAGCCAGAGAGCUUCAGAGUUGAGUUUGGAUUUGAACCCUGGUCUCCCAGGCCCUAGUCCAACAUUCUAAUCAUUGCACCACACUGACUCUCAUUCUUAGUUUUAUUACAUUUUAAAUGGGUCCUUUCCUUGCCCAAUUCCAGAUGCUCAGUGUGGUAUACAUUUCUCUCUCCUUGCCCUUCACCUAUUUGAUCUUUGCAUCAAUUCUGAGAUAGGUUGGACUGAGUGUAUGUGACCGGCUUCAUUUCACCUAGUAAGCCUCAUAGCUAAGGAAUGAAUUCAACCUGGGUACCUUUGGUCUUAGUCUGACAAUCUACUGCCUAGGCAGGGACCUCUGCAACUGAUCCAUGCUUGUGUUCCAUUUUAGAGAUGCCUACAGUUAUAGCAGGUAGCUAGAGGGAGAUGCUCUGCUGCAUUACUGGGUUUUCCCCACUACUGCAGAGCUGGGGCUAAAGCUGUCUUCACUCCUUCCCUUGUUAACAAAUGACAGCAUACUUAUUCUUUUUAAAGAAUAAUAAGCUUCCCUCUACUUUGUGACAGUCUUGGAAUAUUUGACAGUACUUGACCACAAUCAGAUAGCAGGUGAUCAGUUGACAAUAUUUGACCAAUCAGUUGACUGACAUGGCAAUCUAUUAUGUGAAAUUAAAUAGGGCACAAUAGUUUAAUCAUCAGUAGCUAAUUUAGUCACAAGUGCUACUUCAAGAAUGACUGCUACCGUAUGCUUCAGAGGAAGCCACAGGCAAGAAGAAACCUGAAACCAGGAAAAUUAUUUCACAACUGCCUGCAAUAGACACCCUCCUGAAAUAGCUACUAUUAAGCAGGAAGCAUAGACAAUUUCUUCCCUUACAUCCACUUGUGCUUUUUAACAUUAACUCUUUUGCUUCUGUAUUAACAUCUCUGUGCUUUAUUUUUUAUUUAAACAUACUGUAAAAAUCUAUGUUAAUACCAUUCUGCUAUGGAAGUAGCAGGGUGUGUGUGUAUUUUAAAGAAGCAUCAGCCUUAUACCAUCCAGCCACUGCUAAAGUGCACCCCCCACAGCAUUCCCCCACUUUUCUCUCUUUUACAAAGUUCUGUUGCUUCAUCACAGCCAGUCCUACCAUUAGACAGCGUGAAGCAGCCUUCUUCGGUGACAGUUGCUGGGGUGGGUGGUUUGUAGCAGUGCAGUGCAGGAGAACAGAGCUGUGAGUGUCACCUGGCGUGCUCUGCACCCACUAAGCUAGCCUGCUGCUCUCAUUGUGGUGGAGAAUGCUGACCUGUCACCAGUGCUGAAGUAAGAUUCAGCUACCAGUCCAGUACAGUGCACCCUCUGGAUAUGGAUUUAAUUCGUUCCGGGGGUCCGUGUGCACCCCGAAAAAUCCGUAACCAGAGGCGCCACUUCUGCGCAUGUGCGUGGUGUGAUAGAGCACUUCUGCGCAUGCAUGAGAGGCGAAACCUGGAAAAAUACUUCCGGGUUUGCCGCUUUCGCAACCCGAAGAUUACGUAUCCAGAGAGGUACGUAACCUGAGGGUCCACUGUAUAUGGGAUGUGGGGGAGGGAUAGGAUCCAUAUUGUCCUUCAGCUCAGGCAGCAAAAUUUAUUGGACCGGCCCUAGGUUUCACUCCGGUAACAUCAUUCUGAAGCACUCCUGAAUGUUGGCAUAAUGUUUGUGUCAUUUUACCUGCUGAUUAGUAGCAUAUACAGUCGUACCUCGGGUUAAGUACUUAAUUCGUUCUGGAGGUCCGUUCUUAACCUGAAACUGUUCUUAACCUGAAGCACCACUAAUGGGGCCUCCCGCUAAUGGGGCCUCCCGCUGCCGCUGCGCUGCCGGAACAUGAUUUCUGUUCUCAUCCUGAAGCAAAGUUCUUAACCCGAGGUAAUAUUUCUGGGUUAGUGGAGUCUGUAACCUGAAGUGCAUGUAACCUGAAGUGUAUGUAACCCUAGGUACCACUGUAUUGCAGGAUGCAGUAGCAGUAGCAGUAGCAGAAAUGGCAUUCAAAGCUACUUUGAUAAUAUAUUUGUAUCCUGCUCCAUCUCAGGGGCCUUGGACAAGUACUGUAGAAGUAAUUUUCCCCUUGCUACUGAUGACUGAGAGCUUUGCUAAGUAUUUCCAUAAAAAUAUUAUGGCGUUUUGGUAGCUGUAGCGUGGGGGAGAAGUCACCUCUCUUUUUCAUUGCCAUCUUGGGUUGCUUCUUACUGUGUAAUAAUAAUGUUUCCCUUUCUAGUUGUAUAUCAAAACAUCAGUCUUAUGUUACUGUAUACAGGUUAAGUACUAAUUAUCUAGUGUCUGGAGCCAUUGUAACUAGCUCAUAUUUAUCUUAAGCCUUCUAAAUAUAGUGCCUUUCAGACACGAGCAACAAAAUAUCUGCAGUUAAAUCUCUAGAGUUAAGCAGUAAUUUUAUAAAGAUGAAAGACUUAGAAGCGCAUAAAAUAAGCAUAGAUCAUAAGUUAAAUAAUCUCCAGAUGAUUCAUUUACUACUUGGAAACAUUGGUAGAAUUCUGUUAAGGCACUUGAUUGCAAUAUGAUUUUGGAGGUAUGCUUAAAAUUCCUUUUAAUCUAUUACUUAAAAUACUGAAGAGGUUUAAGUUACAAUUGCUUGAAUAAUAGUGGAUGGUGUAUUUUGCAAGAUGACGGGUUUCUGUUGGCUUUGCAUACUUGCAUCAACUUCAUGUGUUUAAUAACAGCAACAACAAAGGGCUGUAUUCAAACAACAAAGGACUGACUCAAUGGACUUUGGUCCACAGAACAGAGCUUUUUCUUCUUCGCUAGGCUUGGGGACCCUCCAGAACAGAUUUUGGGGGCAUACAGGGGAAGGGGAGGAAAUGGAAGUCCCAUUGUGCCAGUGGAUACAACCCAAAAUAGGCCAAAUAAAGAGUUGCUAUGAUAAAUCUUGUCAUAGAAGCUUGGACAUUACGUUGAGUCAACAGUAAAGAUAAUUGUGUUAAAAUUGACUCCUGUCGGAAUCAUGGGAACUAUUCUGCAGGCUGGAAAUAGUGCUCUGUGUAUAAUAUGCUAACAGCUUUUAUAUUCCAUCUUGAGCCACCUAAGUUGGGACGUUUUGGAAUACGAAAUGGAAGUGCUGUUCUAUCUACUGUAAUUUGUUCUGGCUUCUGUUGAACAGUUGUGGUGGUCCUAAAGAGAACAUAUAGGGGAUGCUCCCCCCCCCCCAGCUGGUCUUGCUUUAUCCACUAUGUAAAGCAAAAGAAACAUACAGGCAACUCCCCAUUUGCUCAGGGGUUGCCUUCCGGCUCAUAGUGUAUGUCAGCAGAGUGCGCAUUAGCCUGGCCCAUUCCACCCCCUUACAGGGCUGAAAAUGGCAUGUAUGUCAGUGGUUGCACAUGCCUUGAACACACACAAAAUGGGAGUUGCCUGUGCUCUACAUUCAAUGGGGGUUGCAUGGAGGGAUCUUCUUGGGUGAGGAUAGGACUGUGUGCCUUGAAAAUUGACAGCAACACUUUCUUGUGAUUAUUUGAAUUGCUUGUAAUUUUCCUGAAAUAUAUACUAAUGAAAAUAUGCUACUUCAUAUAUUACACACAAGUAAACCAUGACUUGCUAUUGACUGAAGCUCCCUAUUGUGUGUAUUGUCUUAUUACUGCUUCUUGAUGUAUCUGCUACAUGAUAUGCGUGUAUUUGCAGUCACAUUUCUGUCACAUUCACAUUUUACAUUUUUUGAUCUUUUACAUGUGCGUGUAACAUUAUCGUUGACAGAAUACCUUCAAUGCAUCUAGAAGAAACCAGACUUAAGUUUCCUGAAGUAACACGUCUCUAAAUUGCCUAGAGAUAGUUAAGAUUUUUUGCUGCAAAACCUCUUAGCACCUUAUGAACUAACAAGCUUAUUGUAUCACAAACCUUUAUGAUAUAAUGUUUGCAGGGGUAUGUAUAUACAGUGGUACCUCGGGUUUCAGCCGCUUUGGGUAACAGAUGUUUUGGGUUACAAACUCCGCUAACCAGGAAGUGGUUGUUCCAGGUUAAGAACUUUGCCCCAGGAUAAGAACGGAAAUUGCGUGGCAGUGGCGCAAUGGCAGCAGGAGGCCCCAUUAGCGAAAGCGCGCCUCAGGUUAAGAACCGACCUCUGGAACAAAUUAAGUUCUUAACCUGAGGUACCACUGUAUGUGUACAUAUGGGUCAUGGAGAAAAAAUGUAAAUAGCAAGUGAUAGUACCUGCCAAUAAUGCUUAUUACUAUCAAUACAUGAGAAACAAGUCAUUGUCUACAGAAAAGUGUAAGAGGACGCAAAUCUGACAGAUCAUUAGUUUAUGAUUGUAUCAUGGCAGUUAUCAGUGGGAGAACAUUUUGCUCCCAGGAUGCUCUAUUGCUGACCUAAACAUUGCUGUUCUUCAACAGGGAGUAUGAGUCACAAUGCCUGAUUGGGAAUGUGUGUUUAUUACAUGAAUCUGUGGUAAACCCCCCCCCCCCAUUUCUAGACUGUUGAAAUAUGUGACAUGAUAUUUGUUUACCUUUUGGUGGAAAAUAUAUAUUUGCUGGAAGUCCUCUGUUGGAGUGUUACAGUCUCUGACAAACCUAUGUAUGUCUAUUCAAUAGUACGAGUUAUUGAUAUCCAUGAAUUUGUGGGGUGCUUCAGGGUUCUGUCCUCUCCCCCAUGCUUUUCAACAUCUACAUGCAGCCACCGGGAGAGAUCAUUGGGGGUUUGGGCUGAGUGUUCAUCAGUAUGCGGGUGAUACCCAGCUCUAUGUCUCUUUCAAAUCAGAACCAGUGACGGCAGUGAAGGUCCUGUGUGAGUGCCUGGAGGCGGAUGGAGAAUGGAUGGCGGCUAACAGAUUGAGGUUGAAUUCUGACAAGACCGACAGAAGUACUGUUUUUGGGGGACAGGAGGCGGGCAGGUGUGGAGGACUCCCUGGUCCUGAAUGGGGUAACUGUGCCCCUGAAGGACCAGGUGCACAGCCUGGGAGUCAUUUUGGACUCACAGCUGUCCAUGGAGGCACAGGUCAAUUCUUGUGUCCAGGUCAGCUGUUUAUCAGCUCCUUCUGGUACGCUGGCUGAGACCCUACCUGCCCGCAGACUCUCUCGCCAGAGUGGUGCAUGCUCUAGUUAUCUCUUACUUGGACUACUGCAAUGCGCUCUUUGUGGGGCUACCUUUGAAGGUGACCCAGAAACUACAACUAAUCCAGAAUGCGGCAGCUAGACUUGUGACUGGGAGCAGCCGUCGUGACCACAUAACACCGGUCUUGAAAAGACAUACAUUGGCUCCCAGUGCGUUUCUGAGCACAAUUUAGUGUGUUGGUGCUAACCUUUAAAGCCCUAAACGGCCUUGGUCCUGUAUACCUGAAGGAGCAUCUCCACCCCCAUCAUUCUGCCCGAACACUGAGGUCCAGUGCCGAGGGCCUUCUGGCGGUUCCCUCGCGAGAAGCCAAGUUACAGGGAACCAGGCAGAGGGCCUUCUUGGUAGUGGCGCCCACCCUGUGGAACGCCAUCCCACCAGAUGUCAAAGAGAAAAACAACUACCAGACUUUUAGAAGACAUCUGAAGACAGCCCUGUUUAGGGAAAUUUUUAAUGUUUAAUAGACUAUUGUAUUUUAAUAUUCUGUUGGAAGCCGCCCAGAGUGACUGGGGAAACCCAGCCAGAUGGACGGGGUAUAAAUAAUAAAUUAUUAUUAUUAUAAUAUAAUUGUGAGAUGUUGUUAUUGGUGUCUGUAUGCCUAAUCAGUGCUGCCAUGCUUUGUGCAAAAAUUCAGCUCUAUUUUGCUUUUGAAAUGGCUUGCAGUAAUUCACUUCCUGUUUUUAACAUGACUAUAAAGUACAAAAGAGGAUUUCCUCUUACACCAUGAACAAGCUUAGUAAAGGACAUCUUUAGUAGUGCAUUCAUAAAGCAAGGGUUCCAAUUUGUCAAAAGUCAAGACAAAUGCUGUAAGGCUCCUGUUUUAAUAAAAGGAGACUGGUGGACCACACACCUUCAUAUCUCAAACCUAGCAGCUGAAAGGGAAACACUUUGUCAGUUUGGCUUGUUUCAUGCAGGGCUUUUUAAAGGCUUUUUUUUUAAUACAAAAGCAUAGUACUCUUAAAGAAACCAGAGUGUAGACAACCAGGAAGCAGAAGUUGCUAUUUCUCCCAGUGCACCAUUAGACAGUGAAAGUGGAGAGUGAUUACUUAACUGUCCUUGCUGAAAAGUAAGGAGUUAGCUCUCCAUACAGCUUCAAGUGAAAGAAGUAAAUAAUGCACUCUUAAUGUAGCAGCUGCACAAACCUCCUUAGGGGAGAUCUGCUUGCACUUUAAAAGUUCAUUAAUUUAAGAAACACAAUUCUUUUUAAUACUGGACCACAUUAAGUGUUCUUGUGCCCAUAUUUAAGUAGCCAAAACACAUGCAUGAGAGAGGGAAUCAGUAGAUUCAGUGUCACCCCAAGGUUUUCACGUUCUCAAAAGCUGUAGGGGGAGCAUAUAAGGUGGUGGGUGGUGGGACUCAAAACAGUCACAUAAGAACUUAAUGCCAUGAAAUCUUGUGAGACUGAGGGGGGCUGAAAUGGUAACUGGAUAGAAGGGGAAAUUGAAUGGAGUAGUGGCAAGGAAAGGAGAAGACACACAGAUAUGAAAAAAGUGGAAAGUGCCAUCUCAUUGUAGGUCACUCACUUUCUGGUUGAGACUGAGAGACUAUUAUAAAAUAUUCCCAGAGGCAUAGCCCAUAGAGUUCAGUGGAGAAACUGAAAGACAUGUGUAGCUGGAAUUGGUCACGUGUGCUCACCUCUAUAAAAACCUCUAAAAUGGAGGAGAAGGGGGUAAGCUGGCCCAUGAGAACUGGGCAAACUGCAGUUCUCAUAGGCCAUUAUACUUCAGCAUUUAAUGCUUUUGGUUCAGGUUUUCUUGUCAUUUUCCUUGCUCUGUGCAUAAUUAUUGAAGAGGGAAGAACCCAUUUGAGUUAGGGUUACUUUGCUGUUUUGACUGCAAAGGUGCCCUUCUCCAUUGUCUCUCGAGAUUGACGGAUGCCAACAACUUUAUUAAGAUUUUUGGUACUUCAUGAAAACUGGUUUUCUCCAUGUUCUUUCAAAAAGGGGGGGGGAGUAGGUACCCAUUACAAACAGAAUUUAGUUGGAACCCUGGAAUGUAUCUGGGAUAUGGUUAAUGUUGUUGAGUUCUCUGAACUUGUUUUUGGAGCAGAGAUGCACAUAGAAUAACUCUCUAACUUGGAUUCACAUGUGCCUUCACUGUGUUCCUAGUGAGAGCAUCCCUGUUCUGUAUUUUUAUGGAACUUGGGACCAUUCUGUUUCCAUCUGAAAUAAGAGCUUGCCUAUGAAUAAUCACUUAAGCAGUGACUAAUAGAUACUCGAGCAAUGACUAAUAGAGAAGCUGAAAACUAGAGUUCCUGAAAUAGUCUGCCAGUUUUCUUGCGUAAGGUAAACGGCAAUACAGAACAGCUACUUGCUGCUGUCCUUUAGGUGGGCAGCUAGGGGAGUUUUGUUCCACCAGACCCUUAAUGUUUGUUGACUUGAUCUAAUUGCAGUUUUGUUUAUUUGAACAAUUAUGGCUUGAAUGUUCUUCUUGAGGUGUAUUACAGUAAUAUUUUACUGUUAUAAAAAUAUGUGGAAGCUCUUUUUUAGAGCCAAAGGGGAUGUUAAAUAAACGUUUUUAUACAUUUAUACAAUAAUAUUGAAUAGGAGGAGCAAUCCUCUUUUUGUUGUUGUGUACUACAACUCCCCCCCCCCCCGAAUCAUAGAUCAGAUUCUCCUUUGACUCUGUGUAGUUGGAUAUUCCCCCUUUAUGUGUAUGCUUUUAAGGGAAUGUGGUGAAAAGAAUGCCUGUAUACUUGACAAGGCCCACAUCUUUAUUGAUCACAUGUAUGUGUAUUGGAAGUGCUGGAAGCUAAAUGAGAAUCUGCCUUAAAUGUAAACUUGGCUUCCGUGUAAAUUACCAUAUCAGGGGUCAGCAACCUUUUUCAGCUGUGGGUUGGUCCACUGUCCCUUAGACCAUGUGGUGGGCCAGACUAUAUUUUGGGGUGGGGGGGAAUGAACGAAUUCCUAUGCCCCACAAAUAACCCAGAGAUGCAAUUUACGGUAAAGAAAAGCACACAUUAAUCAUGUAAAAACACCAGGCAGGCCCCACAAAUAACCGAGAGAUGCAUUUUAAAUAAAAGGACACAUUCUACUUAUGUAAAAACACGCUGAUUCCUGGACCGUCUGCAGGCCGGAUUGAGAAGGCGAUUAGGCCGCAUCCAGCCCAUGGGCCUUAGGUUGCCUACCCCUGCUCUACACAGUUUGUUCAUCUAAUUUCCCAGGAGUGAACAUUGCUUUAAUUAAUCCUGGAUGAUUCUUUUUAGCCUCUGGUUAUGUCACUACAAAUUUGCACAUGCUUUGCUGAGUCAAUAUCUCAAGUUUAACAAGACUGAUAACUUUGUUCAAAGCAGGCCAAGUUUCUGCCUUGUCUAGGUUCAUUGUAAAUGGGUUCUCAAAAAAUGAAGUUGGAAUGGAAGUAUAAUUCUGGGUUGACUUGGCUGGUUUUAGAGGGUUCCAUGGGCUCAAAUGCUCCCUUUAGUUCUCUACAAAGUACCACUUGCUUUUCUGAUGAAUGUUAAACUAUCAUUUGCUAUUUCACUGCAGGCACAAAGCCGAGUCAGAAAUACAGUUCCAUAUUGGGUAUGAAGUAUGUGAGAGACUCUCUGUUAAACAUUUAGUGCACUUUGUUUCAAUGUCUGUUUGCUCUGGUCACUGGAUAAUUACUUGUAAAUUACAGGACUGCUGCUGUUACUAUAAACCCCGGUUUAUAGUGUGACUCUUCAGCACAAAACAUGUCUGGAAGCUAUGGGUAGUUGCACAAUUCUGAUCAGAUUAAAUUUGAAUCCAGACAAACUGGAGUGAUGCUAAUUAGAUCUCCUUGUAUCCUUAAGGGAGAAGGUUUGAGGUCAAUGGAGUAACAAUUAUUCCAUCAAAACAUAUACAGAAUCUGGGAGCCUUGUUUGAUUUUGCCCUGUGUUUUGGUCAGCAUGGUCAAGUUCAGAAUCUCUUUUAAAUGUCUCUCAGUGUUGGAUAAAAGCAGAAACUAUUUCUCUAGUGCCAGCUGAGCCACAACUGAUUUGGAGAAAUCUCUACUUGGUGAUUUGAAGAAGGUCCUCAUUGUGUUCCUUCCUCCCUGUUAGUAGUACUGUGUGCAUGUGCUACAGCAGGGAAGCACGUCUCUCCCUUUGGCCAGGCAGACACCUGCCCCUGAAAAGCUUCAGGAGGGCUACUGGCCAGGCAAUAUUGGUGUAUCUUGCAGCUAGCUGGUGCUUCUCCUAGUGGGGUAGGAGAGCUAAAAAUAAUGCCAAUAUAUUUCAGAACUGGCAACCAGUGUACUCCCUUUGGUUUCAGAUAGUACAUGGAUACACCAGUAAAAAAAGCAUGGGGCUUAGUUUGGUCAGAAACGAGUAUAUACUUCCAGAAUUAAUUCUGAAUACAUUACUUCUGGUAAAUGAGCCGCCAUACCUGCAAGAGGGCCAUGAAAAGUUGUGUCCUGGGCUUUUUGGACUCCUCUAUCCAUGUACUAUCUGAAACCAAAGGGGCGCAUUGGUUGCCAGAUGUGAUCCCCCCCCCCAAGCUCUCCUACCCCACUGUCCCAACAUAGCCUGAGAUGGACCACCCUCAGGUUUCUGCAACAAACAGGCCUCUGGAGCAUCCCUUUGCUUUGUACUGAGAGGAAUACCUGCCAGAUUCCUUUGUGAAGUGAGGGCUAGACCAUCCCUGCUGAGGAUGCCUUGAAGCAGCAAUAAUAUGAUUGAGGGAGGAUCUUGGUAAGAGAUCAGGCUCUCCACACUGAAUAAAUUGGUAGUGCUUGGUGUAAAUUAAAGCAUAUUGUGGUGGGUGGCUGUUUGUUCCUGCACAAAACUGGGCAAAUAUACCUCUAAUGUUGCUUACUCUAAACUUUAGAAUGAUGUUUUCAUACUAUGAGUCAUUAAAAUGUAUAUAGGUUGUCUGUAUUUCCUGUAGGGCUGCAAUGUUUAAUCAGUUAAUUGGUUAGUUGAAAAAAACAACAACUAGAGAAAUGCUGUCAAGUAACCAAAUGCAGUCGUACCUUGGAAGUCGAGCAACUUAGUUCUCGAACAUUUUGGCUCCUGAACAAUCGAAACCCGGAAGUCACUGUUCCGGUUUUUUAACGUUGUUUUGGAAGCUGAACAUCUGACGGGACUUCCACAGCUUCUGAUUGGCUGCAGGAGAGCUCCUGCAGCCAAUCAGUAGCCAUUCUUUGGUUUUUGAAUGUUUUGGAAGUUGAACGGACUUCCGGAAUGGGUUCCAUUCGACUUCCAAGGUACGACUAUAGUACUUUUUUAAAUUUUUAACAGAAAUACUUAUAAAACCUGCAGGUGGCAAACAUCUUAAAAAGUAUUUUCCCUUUCCUUUAAAAUAGGAGGUAAUUAAUUUUUAUUUUUUUUUAGAUUCCUGCUUUGCUAUUCAUACAUUUCUUCCAGAAAUGGAAGAAAAUAUGCUUCUAGCUUUAACCAGAAUUCAUUACAAUUAAUCAGUUAAUAUUUAUUUAUAAUCAGUUACCGCUCUAACUUUCUGGUUUUCAUGUAGGUAACAAUUCAACAGGGCAGUUGUAAGCUGCAUCAUAUUAAAUCUACUGGAGAGACACUUGAGAGAAAAGGAACCAAAGGAGCUCUUAAGUUGUACAUUACUUGCUAAAGAACUGUUAUGAGUGUGCAUUAAAAUAGAAAGAAAGAUAAUGCUAAGCAAGUAUCAUCAUUCAGUAAAUCCUCACCAGUGCCAGUAACAAAGAAAUACCUUUCCUGCUAUAAGCCAGAGUGCCUUUUAAGUAGCUCAGAAGAACGUCAUAUCAAGUAACCUUUCAUCUUGGCUCUUUGCUGGUUGAGAUGGGAGGAGUGGAAUGGAAUUACUAAAAGGUGUGUAGCCUGGAGGGACAAGCUGCUCCUUUGUUAACAGGAAAACUGAGGCUGCAGCCCUGUUAUAAACUCCCAUUGAGCUCCGUGGGACUGACUUCAGAGUAGGCAUGCCUAGAUUGCACUUCAGUUGCACUCUUAACAAAAGCUAAGUUGAACACAGAAUUUAAAUGUAUUUUAGUCAUGACAUUUCUUAUUUGGGGACAUUUUAAGGCGCUUAAAUCUGUCCCAACUCCUCUAGACAGCGAAUAAACAAAAUCUGAUAUGUUUAUGACAGUGAAGCUUCUGGCAUAUAUGGAAUUAGGUGGUGUGGUGGGAUGGAAUGAUCAGUGAACUAAAUGGUUUAUAGUCCAGCUUCUGUGGAAAGAAGUGAGAAUAGAAUGGAGUUAAAGCUGCAUGUGGGUCAGUCCAAAGAGCAGGGUAGCAGAACAGUGUGGUUAACUAGAAGGACUUGGGCAAAACUAUAAAUAGGGCCUAAAGUCAGGAGGGAUGAAGCAGGAGUUGCAAGCAAGGUGGAUUGAUUAAUGGAUUUAAACCAGUGCAGUAUAAAAUAAAAUAAAUAAAAUAAAAUAAAAUAAAAUAAAAUCAAGUCUUAUGGUUACUGGCAUACUACAGCAAGUGUUUUUCAUCCAAUGAAGUUGAAUUGCCUAUGUUUACUAGGUAGAAUGUAACUACUCACAUUUGAGAAAUGAUCAAAUUAGUUCUUCAUUUACAUAGAAAUGCUCCUUUAAUCCAAUGGCUUGGUUCAUGCUUCACAUUAAACCAUAGUUAAAAUAAGCUGUGGUUUAAUCUGAGUGAGCAAAAUGCUGGUGCACACUGCGGAAUAAUAGGCAGUUAGCUUAAUCCCCAUUUCUGUUGUGCUGCUGAGAAAUGUCAUCCGGAUUCAGGCUCAUGGUUGGUUUUUCUCUAGACAAACCAGAACAGAAUCCAAUGUUUGGUCUUUGGUUUAAAGUUUGUAGUUUGGAGGAAACAAAUUGCAAACCUAAGUCGCAUGAUUCAACAAGCCAGACCAUAGCUUAUUUUCCAGGAGUGUAACAGGAAGAGGGGAGGAGCAGAAAUAUGCCGGUUGUUGGCAUCUAUUGUUAUUGAUGGCAGGGGGGUUUCAGAGUGCUGAAUUUCAUUCACAUUGAUUUGAACUUGCCUGGUAACUAUUUGGUUGCAGGAAUUAAGUCACCUUUCUAAUCAAAAUAGUCUUGUUUGAUGAGUAGUAAUUAUUUGUGCACCUGUGACUGCCAUUAGGCAGUUUAAUGAAAUAAUGAGCCUCACGACAGCAAGGGAGAUUCUAUAUUUGAAACAAACAAUUUAGAAUAGUGACCCAAAUGCUGGAAACAGCUUUCAAAUUCCCUGUUUGAAACAAUUAAACAUAUAUACACAUUUAUUUUGCAUCCAGCCUGAUGUUCAUUUAGCAAGAUAAAUUUUUUUUUUAGAAAAAUAAAAGAAUAAGAAGAUUUCAUGGGCUAUGUUAAUUGGGUGACAGAGCACCUUUCCUUGUUGGAGGGGUCAUGUUACAUCCACCCAAAACAAAGCACUGGAAAACCAUCAUCAAGCAAAUAGAAAGAGACUUAAUUGCAAGCCAUUUCCUAGGCUCUUUUCAGUUCUGUUUGCUUCACAGAGUCUACUGCCUUAUUACCUUUUUGCUGCAGAAUGAUCAAAGUUGUGUGUUUCUACUCACUGCUGUUUUGCAGAAUUAUAGGAAGAUUGCAGGUAUGAAGUGCUGCAGUGAGAAAUACCUCUAUUGCCAAAAAAUGUGGUACCCAAAUUUUGUAUUGUGUCAAUAAUCUCUUUGGGAGGUUACAACAUACAGAAUAAAAUCUAGAUGCUGUUCAGUGUGUGUGUGUUGUCUGAUGCAUCUUUAAAGUUGAUGCUUUUGUGGUGCUGGAAAGAACUCAAAGGCAUUUUCUUCUCUUUCUGUGGUUUUGUGGGCAGUGAUGUUAGUAUGAAAAUGGCAUUCUAUAUUAAGGUGCCACCAGGAAAAUAAUGUUAAAAUUUCAGAAGUGUAGGUGGAAGGGCUGGUGAGUCAAGAUGAAAGGGAAGAAAACCAGCUUCAGGCGUAUGCUUUGCUUAGUUGGCAGCAAAAGGCAUAGAAAUUUAAGCGCAAAACGGAUUUGACAGUAGUAGAUGUGAGGGCAUGUGACAGAGGCAGAAGGACUUGGAACAGUCAACAUUUUCCAAACAAGCAGCAAGCUAGCAGAAUUGGUAAAAGAUCAAGGUGAUGUCUUGUUUCAGUGUCCCACCCCCAAAACACUGUGACUGGAGAACCCUGAUAAAAUAAAUACAGUGUCGUUGAUUAGAAACUAGAACUGUUAGUCACAGAGAUCGCUCCCCCACCCCUAUCCUGCUCUGCCCAAGUAUUUUUCUUACGUGCAAACUUGGGUACAAAUGUUUCACGUUUUGCAGGUUUACUAUCUGCAGUGCUUUUUUCGAUUUCUGAAUUUCCAAGAUGCCCCAGAUUCCUUCAGAGGUCCCUGAUUUGGUUUAAGAUGCCUUAGGAAGAUACUACUUGCCUGAAUCUGUCUGAAACACCAUGCUUCUGUUCAGGAUUCAUUUGAAUCUGUUGCACAUUUCUAAUAAGAUCUCUUUCCCCUAUAGAGAAUAUUAACAAUGUGUGCAAGACUUGGAAUUCAAGAAGAGUAAACAAGGUGUAACAUGCUUUUGCUAUCUCUACUGACUCUGUGUUUUAUUUAAUUGCAGUGCAUUGA